CCCAGGAUGCAAGCAGCUGGGGAUAUGUUCCCCACUGACUGGAGCCCACCACCUGUGGAGUUCCUGAACAUGGGGUCACCACAGGCCAGCAGGAUGGCCUCGGCCCACGGGUGGAUUGGCAGAGCAGGGCCUCAGGGGCCGAGGAGACUGGCCCUCCAGCUGCCCAAGUACUUAGAGCAGCAGCCCCAGGACUCAGAACCCAAGAGGGGCCUGGCCUCACUGGAGGAGCCUUUCUGGAACACACCAGGCCCGAGCUAGGAGGCUGCAGCUCCAGUGGAUGGCUGCACCUUGUCAUACCCCAACUGCCCUUGGGCCACCUCCCAUGGCUAUCACUCCUCAGCCUCACCACCGCCCCCCAUGUUCCUCCAGCCUCUCUACAGCCUUCAGGCCCUCCUGGCUGGGAAGUUGAACCCCCAAGCUGGGCCGGAGCAGGCCCUGUAGCGGGAGUGAGAGAAGCUGCUUCUGCAGGACUGUCCCAGCCCUGACUCCCUGGAUCUCAGCGAAGAUGGAGUGCCUCUCAUACCAGAGCACAGGACGCUGGUGGAGUGCUUCGUGUCACCACGGGCCCUCCCAGCAGUGCAUCCAGGCGAGACUGUGUUUCUACCCAGGCAUCACCCCCUGCCUUGCAUCCUGGAUUGUUCACACUUGAAGCCACAGUGUGACCUGGAAGAGCUGUUCUUCUGCUCCUCGCUGGCCCAGCAGCUCUCCUUCCUGCGCAGCGGCCUCCAGAGCAACCUCUACCUGCACACUGCCGACUGCCCCGUGCCUGUGCUGCAGUGGCUCUUCCAGCUGCUACCAUGGCCUCCAGAAACUUCUUCAGGAGCCUUUGGUCUCCUGUGGGAUCUCAGCAUGGAUGAGUUCUUCCAUCAUUCUGGUGAAGCCAUGUGUAUGUGGUGCCCCUCACUGCAAGAGGUCACAGAGGCCUUUUAUAGCCUGGGAGCCCUCAACCCUGCCGUGUACCCCGUGGGGCCCUGUCAGCACAGCGGGGAGAGUGAUGCUAGCCUGAGCUGGAGUGAGCAGCAGAACACCCCCUUAGAAACCACCUUGGACAUCAGCCUGAACUACAUCUACAAGGUCCUGACACUGGGUGCUCUGGCCCAGCCAGGGGCCUACGUCCAUGGGAACCUCUUGAGCCUGAUUGAACUGCUCUGCCGAGCCGGCCUGGACGUGGGGCUCCAACUGCUGCCCAAGACCAACCUCCAGCAGCUCCUGUUUCUGCUCCUUGAUGACACCCAGCAAUGGCCAGUGAAGCUCCAUCAGUCGUGCCACAGCCUGAGCUGGGUGUCAGAUCACCACCACAACCGACUGGUGCUUGUGCAGUUUUUCCUGGAUGUGACUCCCCGGAACAGGUGGCAACUUCGAAGCCAGCCCAGCCUCGUGAUUAUUGCCCGGAUACUGAGCCAGCAAGAGUCUCUCCAUCUCUGGCAAGAGAAGGCCCAGCUGUCCUCGCUCAGCCACCUCCUGAGCUUCUUGAGGCCAUCAUCCCUCAGGCAGUACCUGAGCUUUGGGAACUUGCCACCCAGCCAGGAGCAACAGCCAAACGCCGGUGCUGAGCUUGACUGCAAGAUGUGCUACCUGUGCCACAGCCUCCUGACACUGGCUGGGGUGGUGGUCAGCUGCCAGGACAUUUUGGACCACUGGGAAGAGCUGCAGCUGCUCUGCGCGCAGUUGGACCAACAUGUCAACAAGGAGAGCCCUUAGGCCAUGCACCAAACCAAACUCAAGGACCUGGCUGCCCAGACCUACAUCCACUGACAGGAGCUACUGGCCCACUGCCAGCCCCAGGUCCAGUACUUCAGGCCCUGGAAGGACAUCUGAAGGAGCAGGGCAGGGCUGGGCUGGCCCAGGGCUCUUGUCUCUGGCAGGAAUUGAACGGGGCUCAGGGAACGGGAGCAAGUGAAGAAUGGAGGCCAGAGAAAGACCAGUCUAAUGAAGCAAGAGCCUGCUGCACACUGCCCCUGGCCCUACCAGCCAAGGCAAGAGGCUUCCCCUGCCCGGCCUGUCCCUCAGCUCUCCUCCCCUCCCAGCCAUCUCUUCUGUCCCCACAGCCUUUGUCUCCAGAGCUCUGGUGUCCCUUGCCUUCUUGGGUCCUGCUGAACCUUAGUCCUCCCCACCCUCCUUCCUCUGUGUUACUAGGAGUUUCUUUGUGCACAUUAAAAUCUUAUU